AUGACUAGUAUACCAAAAGACGUUCGUAAUUAUUUCAAAUUAGAACUCUUGAUAGAUCGCUCAAAUCUUAAACUUCGUCAAUUGUUCAAAAAUCGUUAUUCCCUAUUUAAUAAUGGUAAAGUAUGGGAUGAUUCACCGGCAUGUGGAAACAAUUAUUUGACCAAUACUAUCGCGCACAAUAAAAAGUUAAGUUUAACAUCAGUAGAGAAAAUAUCCGUUUCCAGCGGAGAUUCAAAUAAAUGGGAUUUAACAACAUUAACUGCUCUUCUAGUAAAUAUUGAUCGUCCAACAACGCUAGAUACAGCUCAAAUCCAACAGCUUGAUAAUGAAGACAGACUUUUAAAACAAUUAAGAGAGAUUAGAAAUAAAUUAGCUCACCGUCAGGAAAAAUCUAUUGAUGAUUCUGAAUUUAAUCAACUUUGGAUUGAAUUAUCAACAAUUUUAGUGGCAUUUGGUGAUAUCGAUGGUGAAUUAGAUAAACUAAAAGAUGAUACCGUAUUUGAAUCCUCUUCUCAGUCGAUAAAUGAUGAAAAUGUGAAAAAAGCAAAAGAAUUGAACUUAUCAGCCUCACAAGCUCAUAAAAAUCUUCACUUUUCUUAUGCUAUUACGUUAUUUACAAAAGCAAUCGUUUUAGCGGGUGUUCCAGAUCAUGAUCGUGCCAUUUUCUAUUCGAAUAUGUCUUCUACCCGUCUAGCACUUUAUGAACAAAAAUCAGGUUCUUCAAAUAAUUGUGAUAUUGAGGAUUCAACAGACCAACGAUAUCGCGCGCUGCACGAUGCUAAACAAGCCCGAACACUUUGGCCAACAUGGUGGAAAGGACACUUUCGUGUUGGUAAAGUAUAUACCGUCUUGAAUGAACAUGAAAAGGCUAUUAAUUCAUUUGAACGAGCAUUAGCUCUUGAUCCUAUUAACAAUGAGAUACGGAAAGCCUUAGAUGAAAGUCGACAAUUUUAUGGUCGACAAAUACGACAAGAACAUCUCGAUCCAAGAUUGAAACCAACAACCAUAUUUGAACAUUUAAAUGAAAUGCAACAAAAGAUGAGGUUUAAUCCGGAACAUAUACGCGCCAGUCAUACGUUAAUGCAAAAAAUAGAUGCAGCUGAAACUGAUGUGGCCAAAGGACACAAAUAUGAACAUGGAGAUAUUGAUGUUGAACAAGACUAUGAGCAAGCUGCUAAGUACUUUGCUAAAGCAGUGAGUCAGGGUAACGCUGAAGGAAUGUAUAAUUUAGCUCGAUUGACCGAUCGUGGUUUAGGUGUAGAAAAGGAUCAUAAUUUUGCUCUCAAGUUGCUUGAACAAGCAGCUGAACAACCACCCAAACAUCCAAUAUUUAACGCCUUACCGAAUCUUGGCGUAGCUGAAGCUGAACAUUCAUUAGGACUGAGAUAUGCUGAAGGCGUGGCCGUUCAGCAAAAUCUGGUAACUGCUGCUUACUGGUAUGAGCGUGCAGUAGGUCAUGGUAGUGCCCAAUCAGCGAAUAACUUAGCUCUAAUGUAUCAACACGGCGCUGGGGUCGAUAAAGAUCUUGACAAGGCCGAACAACUGUUGCAGUUGCCCGCUAGUAGAGGUGAUCGCAAUGCCAUGUUAACUUUAGCCGAACUGUUACGUGGCAAAAGUGAUCUUGAAAUGGCAAAAACUUGGUACGAUCGUGCAUGUGAACCGGACAACAUUGUUGAUCAAAUCAAUCGCUCUCUGUUUGAACCAGCUCUACAAGUAAAGCAAAAAUUAAUCGAUUGCUGCCCGCCGAAUUUAUUACAAAUGAUAACUGCAAUUAAAAACAUUUUCGAUUCAUUACAGACAACAAAGACCGUAUAUAAACAGUGUGAUCAUCCAUAUAUCUAUGAUUAUAACGUACUAAGCGAAUAUGCUAACUGUGGAUCAAUAACAGCUAAAAAAAUAUGUGAUUCUCUAGAGCAUUUUGCGCAAGCCUUAAACAUAUUAACUCAAUCUGAACGCAUAACAGAAAAACAGGAAAACAUAUUUGUGCAUGAACUUUCAGAAUGUUAUCGCAUUGAGCAUAUUGUUGUUCAAAUUCCUGGUGUAAAAAUGCAUCAAGAAAUCGUCGAAAUCGUUGAUCGAGUACUUCAUCAUUGCAAUCUGGAAUCAACGAAUGUCGCUUCACAACUCAAUGAAGAUGUUCUAAUAUGCUACGCUUUAUUACAUAUCGAUUCACAUGAACUAAUCAUUGAAUUUCUUGAUUCGUGUAAGCAAAAGUAUCCAAAGUCAAUCUAUUUUUUUGACUUAAGUGCGUCAGUGAAUGGUUGGUUACAUCGGUAUGAAGCUAGUGUGUUUGAUGCUAAUACCGGUCUGGAAAUAGAUCCAAAUUAUUACGAGCUAUUGUAUUCUAAAGCCGUUGCAUUACGUCUGUUAGGUAGGGAUAUGAAUGAAGCAAUCGAAGCGUAUCGAGCAUUUCUGGCGGUUGCACCCAAAGACCAUCGCAAAGUGCCAGAAUCAUAUUAUGCAAUGGCCGCUUGCUAUUUUGAUAUCCAUAAACUUGAUGGUCUAGCAGGUAUUGUUAAAAAAGUCUAUAAACAAGGCGAAGAUGCAGAAAAGGUGCAACUACCAUGUUUUCUACCUUAUAAAUCGAACAACAAAACACUCCUAAAGUCUAUGUUUGACGCCCAGUCCUUACCAAAUGCAGAAAUAGGAGCUCCUCGUCGUGAUCACAAAUUGCGGCUUACUAAUCCACACCGAAUUGAAGUUAUUAAACAACAUCGUGAAUGGGAAGCCAAAUCAUCUUUCACGCAAAAUAAUGCAACAGAAGUUCUUAUAGCUUACAGUUAUCCACCACGGGUUCAACAGCAAACAGCUAAAUCAUUAAUUGGUUUGAAAGCAAUUUCAUUGAAAGAAAUGCACCCAAUAAAAGAUCAUGUUUAUGAUGGCUAUGUUCUGUCUGUAACAAUUAUUGAACAAGCUUAUUCCUGGACUCCGCCGAUUCAUCUUGUGAUCGAAGAUGAAAAUUUUGAUUGUGAACGAAUGUUCAUUUACAGUUUUCCUGACGGGCAAGGCGAAUACAUAACUAGUAAAGUAUUCACAAUAGGAAGUAAAAUGAACAUAAUAAAUCCAUAUUUACGAUUGGAUGGAAAUGAUAUGACAUCAUUAGUUCGUAUUGACGAUUUCUCAUCAAUUAUAAUGCAAAGUGAAUCCGAACAAGUAUUAAAUAUGUGUCGAUGUUGUGGAGAACCAAACGCAUUACACGUUUGUAGCAAAUGUAAACAAGCACGUUAUUGUACAAAAGAAUGUGAAACAAUAGAUAGGCAAUUAUAUCAGCAUAAAUUGAUAUGUCAAAGACGAUGA